CCUUGGCAACCAACGUACCCGGCAACACCAGCGUAGUAAACAAACUAGGCGCUUUCCUGGCGAACGUUGGAUCUUUUGCAGUAAAAACGCCGUUAGGUACGCGGUGGAAAUAAAAUCCAACAACUAUGAAUACAACACACAGCAACGUUUAUUUGGGAGAAUGGUACCAAAAGGAGGCAGAUCUGAAUCGACAGUUGAUGGUCAGCUUUUUCCCCAGCGACAAUUCAGUUGAGCUGAUUGACAUGAAAACGAGGAAAACUUUCCUCCGUCGCACAAAAAUCGACGACCUGUGCGAGAACGAUUUCUUUAUUGGAGCGAAGCUGUUGAUCUUUGGAAAACAAAUUGACAUUGUGGACUAUGGAGAUGCUAAAACAAGAAACAAAAAGGCCAACGAACAACUCUCAUUUGGAAUGAUAAAAGCUGAUGCGUUGCUGCACGUAGGGGAGGUAUUGACCCAUUUACAUAAGGCUGGAUUAGGAGUUCGUCGCUUGGCAAUGCUGAAGAUAGAUGAAAAUUACUCCUCAAUGCUCAAAUCAGUUCGAUCUGAGGCUUCAAGCUUGAAUUAUCUGAUGGACUGUAUGCCUAGCCAGUCGUUUAUUGCUUUGGAAAUCAUCGGCAACAAUGCGUACAACCAAUAUCGCGAAUUAUGUGGUCCUGAAUCGAUUUCCGAGGCGAAGCAAUGUGCUCCCAAUAGCUUCCGUGGAUUGUACGGAAAUGACGUAUAUUGCUCACGAUCAGCAGAAGAUGCAGCCAAUGAAUCACGUUUUAUAUUUCAAAAUAACGACACAAAACUUGUGCUACGUUCGUCGGCUUUGUAUACGAAUAGUACACUUUGCAUCAUCAAGCCACAUGUAGUCCGAGAAGGAAAAUCAGGCGAAAUCAUCACGGAAAUUUUGCGUAAGAAAUUCACAAUAACUGCUAUGAAAAUGCUACGGUUUGAGCGAGCAAACUGCGAAGAGUUCCUCGAAGUAUACAAGGGCGUUGUUCCGGAAUACGAGUCCAUGGUUAUGCAAAUGAUCAGCGGAGAUUGUGUGGCUCUGGAAAUCACCAACAAGUACGACGAAAGCUGCAGUACUUACCAGAGUUUUCGCGAUUUUUGUGGUCCAAUUUGUCCGGAGGCAGCCAAAAUUACUCGACCACACACAUUACGUGCCAUGUUUGGGAAAAAUAAAGUUAUGAAUGCAGUCCAUUGUACCGACCUCGAGGAAGACACCUCCUUGGAAUUGGAGUAUAUAUUUAAAUUUUUAAAUUAAUGUGCAUUAUUCGUACUUUUAAUAUUUUUAUAAUAAAACAAAAUUCCCUAAUAAU